CCGUAGCUUUACCCAUCUCCAGUAAAAGUCCACUACAAUCGAUCAGCUUCUAAUACUAGCACAGAUCGUUAUCCCAUUUCUACUGGUACUUCGAUAGUAACAGUAGACAGAAAUAAUGGUUCUCGGAUUCUCUUUCGAGACGUUGGUCUCAGUGCCAUGGGGCUUCCUGCUGCGCAGCCUCUUGUGCAUAGCGUUCCUUCGGCAGGUCGGCAAGACGCUGGACCAGGUGUGGUGGCGGCCACGGCGGCUCGAGCGUGAGCUCCGCGCGCAGGGCCUCCGCGGCACGUCCUACCGCUUCGUCAUCGGCGACCUCAAGGAAUACGGCCGCCUGAGCAAGGAGGCCUGGUCGAAGCCCUUGCCUCUGGGGUGCCACGACAUCGCCCACCACGUCGCGCCUUUCCUCCACAACACCGUCCGGGAACACGGCAAGAAGGCGUGCUUCUCUUGGUUCGGCCCUGUCCCCAAAGUCACUCUCAGCGACCCCGAACUCGCCAAGGACGUCAUGUCCAACAAGUUCGGGCACUUCGAGAAGACCAAGUUCCCGGCGCUGUCCAAGCUCCUCGCCGAGGGCCUCGCCAGCAUCGAAGGCGAGAAGUGGGCCAAGCAUCGCCGCAUCCUCAACCCUGCAUUCCAGCUCGAGAAGGUCAAGCGCAUGCUGCCGGCGUUUUCUGCGUCCUGCCAAGACCUAGUUAGCAAAUGGAUGGAGUCCCUCGGCUCCGACGGUUCAUGCGAGCUGGAUGUCUGGCCGGAGCUCCAAACCCUGACUGGGGACGUCAUUUCUCGCACCGCAUUCAGCAGCAGCUACCUCGAGGGAAGGAAGAUUUUCCAGCUGCAGGCGGAGCAAGCUGAGCGUCUCAUGACGAACAUUACGAAGAUUCUCAUUCCUGGCUACUUGUGCUUGCCAACUGAAAACAACAGAAGGAUGCGUCAAAUCACCAAGGAGAUCGAAUCGAUCCUGCACAGUCUUGUUGGAAAAAGAAUUCAAGCGAUGAAAGAUGGUGAGAGCACCAAAGACGACUUGCUUGGCUUAUUGCUAGAGUCAAACAUAAGACACGUGGAUGAGAAUGGCCAAGCCAAACUGGGGAUGUCAAUUGAAGACGUCGUCGAGGAGUGCAAGUUAUUCUAUUUUGCAGGAAUGGAGACAACAUCAGUGCUACUCACGUGGACCAUGAUCCUACUAAGCAUGCACCCGGAAUGGCAGGACCGUGCAAGGGAGGAGAUCAUGGACCUAUUUGGAAAAAACAAACCUGAAUAUGAAGGUCUAAGCCGACUCAAAACGGUGACUAUGAUUCUUUAUGAGGUUCUCCGUCUGUAUCCACCAGCCAUUACAUUCAACCGGAAAACUUACAAGGAAAUGGAGAUUGGAGGCAUCACAUACCCUGCGGGAGUGAUGGUUGAGCUCCCCGUGAUGUUCAUCCAUCAUGACCCAGACAUCUGGGGUGGCGACGUCCAUGAGUUCAAUCCCAAAAGGUUCGUUGAUGGGGUCUCCAAGGCAUCACCAAACAAUCCAGGCGCAUUUCUCCCUUUCGGUUGGGGACCACGGAUCUGCAUUGGUCAGAACUUUGCGCUGCUUGAGGCCAAGAUGGCGAUGUGCAUGAUCAUUCAACACUUUGACCUGUAGCCUGCCGUCGGAUGGUUGCUUUGUGAGCAGCCAGUGCUGGUCGCAGGGGGAGAGAAGGAAGCCCGCGGCGCGAGGUGGUCGCGGGCAGAGCUGAAGGAGCCGGCAGCGCCGCAGGAUGGAUGAGGAAGCCGGCCGCCUAUGGCGUCAGAGCAGAGGGGGGAGCGGAGGGAGCCGGCCUCCCAGUUGACGCGGUGGUCAGCACCCUUGCAUGCAGCAGCGGCGGCCGGCGAAGCUCCUCCGUCAUUUCAACCCCGUUCGUCCGCGUGGCAGAGACCCCGUUUCCUUCCCUGCCCCGUGCCGUGCGUGUGCUGGUUAUGGGGCAUGCUUUGAUAUAUGUGAAGUAAACACACACGUCGAUGCUCCAAGUUCAUGCAAAAAUAAACGUACUGAUAAAAAAACAAGGAUGAAGAGUUG